AUACUAUUUUGUUCGAUAUUUACGAAAUAGAGUAUGUUAUUUUAAUAUGUGCGAAAUAUAGAUAUUGAUUUUGUUCAAUGUGAUUGAAAUAAAAAAGAGCAGCACGUUUCACUCGUAUUACACAAAGUGUACUUGAAAAUAAAAAUAAACAACAAAAUACUUGCAUCAAUUAUGAGUUCUUUUUUGUCAAAAUUAUCUUCCAUUGCAAUCCCAAUUAGUAUUUUAAAUCGAUUUUAUACUCUUGUGACAAAAAGUUAAAAUUUAGUAAGAUUUUUUUACUUAGUUGAAAGAGGAGGAUAAAAUAUAAAUUUUAUAGUUCUUUUAGAAUUGACAAAAAUAAGGGCUUUUAGAAUUGAAAAAAAUAAGGGAAAAAGGGUUACGUCAAGUAAAUCUAGGUUGCGUUUAGCAACCCCCUUUAUUUUCCUUUUUGAAAUUUGAUGAAUUUGGAUGUUGAAUUUGAGAAUAAUGUGACAAAGGUUGAAGAUUAUGUUCUUUAUAAGAUAGUGUUAUGUUCGUUGUUAUUAAUAGCUCUAAUUUUUUUUUUUUUUUAUGUUCUUUUAUUAUAUUCUUCAUGUUCUUUUAAUUUUAGCUAAAUGUUCUUUACAUCUCUAUAUAAUGUUCUUUCCGUUUUUUUUUUUUGGAACGGAUGUAUCAUGCGCAUGAUACAUCCGCCACCACAAACCACUAAUUGUCAUAUGCAUAAUCGUGUUAAAUUAUUGCGAAACAAUGGCAAAAACUCCAUCUUUGGUGAACCUCUGCUAUGGUGCCCUUCAAAGUCACAUCCUUUAUGGGGAAGAUGAUGAGAUUGUGCAGGGAAUAUAUGAGCUACCCACUGAGCUGUUUGAUGGUUUAUUGAAGAAGCUGCCUGCAUUAGCCCUCCAAAAAUUGCAAUUACAAAUGCCUUUGGAGAGACAGACUGAGUUUGACCUUGAGUAUGAUUGCUCUGGAAAUGGAAGGAAGCGUGUGAGAUAUGGCAAGUUCGAAAUUGCAUGGAAGGCAUUAUUUUCCUUGCGUUGGCCUGAACUUGUCAAGCAUUCCCAAGAGAACCUUUCGUCACAAAAAAGUAUGUUGGAAUGUGAAGCAACAUUUGACUGGCAACAUAAGUAUUGGGAACUGCAUCUUCAGAAUUGCUUUGAUGCAGCUGCAGAGAGAGCUAUGUUACCGUCUUUUAAUGGAUGUGUUGGGGAUGUUCAAAUUCCAGAUGGACUAAUCAAAAUCAUGGGUUAUGAGGAACCAACUAAAGGUUCAAUGCAUCAUUACUCCAGAUUGCGUGGUCACUGCAAAGACUUUGGAUGCUAUGUGAGAUCUUUGAGGCUUCAGAACAUAUUUUGCAAUAAGGAAACUUGUCAAUUACUAGCAAACAGCAAGCUGCAAGGUUUGUUGCUAAGGAGACUUUCCUCUGACAUGCACCAUGAUGGAUUAUGCGUGAUACUGAACCAGAACAGAGAAACAAUAACAUCUCUGGAAUUUGUCAACUGCAAGUUUUCAUUGGCAGUUUUGGAGGUAAUCUGUAAUACAUUGGAAAUGGAAGGUACACAAGCACAUGGAGUGAAACAUUUUUCUGUGAAAGCAUCAAAAUUUUUAGAAGAAAAUCCUGCGUCUUUUCCGCCAAAGCUCGUCUCCUUUCUAUCAUCAAGAUCACUGGAGUCAUUAAGCCUUUGUGACGACCAUAUUGGGAGAAAUUAUGCUAAAUUGACUCUCACGGCACUUCUUGAUGCUUCAUCUGCUCUCUCCACCCUAGAACUGUCAGAUAACAAUAUUUCAGGCUGGCUUUCUGAUUUUCGGUGCAGCUCUUCCAAUCAAGCCUUGUCUUGCAAAAGGAGCAAGUCUUUGCAGUCUUUACGUGUGCUUAAUUUAAGGGGCAACAAUUUGCGGAAGAAUGACCUUGAAGACCUUGCAUCUGCACUCAUUCAUAUGCCAGUUUUGGAGACUCUGGAUUUAGAUGACAAUCCCUUUGAGGAUGAUGGGAUCAAGUGUUUAAUCCCCUACUUUGUCAAGACUUUUGAACACUUUCCCCUUGCCAAUCUUAAUUUGAAGAACUGUAAGCUCUCCUGUAAUGGAGCAACUGAACUUCUGGAAGUUCUUUUGGCAUUAAAAUACCCUCUGACUUCUCUUUCUCUGGCAGAUAAUGAUCUUGGAAGCCAAAUAGCACCAUUACUCGGAGAUUUUAUGCACACAUCUAUAAGGUCGCUUGAUAUAAGGGACAUUGGCCUAGGUUCAUCUGGAUUUUUAGAACUGAGGAUUAAUAUGCCAGAUGUGGUGAAGCUAAUCAGCAUUAACAUAAGUGAAAAUCGUGGGGGUAUCCAAGCUGCGGAAUUUCUUGAAGAUCUUAUCUCUAGAGCUUCAGAACUUGUUGAUGUGCAUGUAGGAUACAAUUUAAUGCCCUCGGAAUCCUUGAAAAUUAUAUGUUCAGCCCUCACAACAGCUAAAGGGAAUCUUCAACGUAUUGAUCUUACAGGAAACCACAAAAUUUGCCAGGCUGAUUACAUAUCGGCACUUUCUGAAUUUCAAUACAAUGGAGAAUCAAUUGUGAUGAUCUCAACCUCGCCUUCUCAAGACACGCUCUAUGAUGAUGAUCCAUAGAGCAGUGACAUAAUGGCAUGAAUUAGACAAACGUUCCCUACUUAAAACAACAUCCAUGAGAAAAAUUGCUCUUUUUUUUUUUUUUUUUUUUUUUUUUGCAAUCCAUGAAUGUCAUCUAUAGGGUUUCUCAUUGUGAUGUCAAUUCAUCACUUAAUAGGCAGUGCAAGUAGCAUGCAGAACUUUUUGCUACAUUUUUUGGUACAAGUUUUUUUUUUUUUUUUUUUUUUUUUUUUGGUGAAUAUUUUUCAUAUACAAUGCAGCAGGAUCAUUGAAGCAAAAAGUCAGAAAUUAAAACGAACAAUGUAAUAUACCUCCUCUUUUUUUUUAUCCAUAAGAUGUAACAGGUUUAAUAUUUGCUGUACUUCGCAGUUAUUUUGGCUUCACAGUCUGAAGCUCUGAGUAACAAAUGCCAAAAUGGCAGUAGUAUUUGUUCAUGUGAUAUAAUCAAUCACACUUGGAACAGUUGAGGGGAUGUAGCUUCAUUUAAUGAUAACCCCACUGUCAUGAACUUGUUCACUGGUAUUACCACAUCUUG